GAGGAAGAGGAAGAGGACUGCAUGAUGCUGUCGUGCAGAUUACUUUAUGUGCCCUCACAAAAAUGGGUUGCACGGUUUUAUGGUUCCACCCCCCCUCUCUCUCUCCAUCAAAAGAUUCCUGUUUGAUAAUAGUUUGAAAUCUAUUACUUUAAGCCGAAGCUAUCACCACUAGUCUAUCCUAGUAUUCAUAAAUCCACUACUCAUUUGCAUCAAAUUGCACAUGUGCAUCAAAAGAAACACUCACCCUCACUGGGAUAUCUCUGGAUACUUUUUCCAAAAUUCAUGAAAUUGAUUUAGUUGAAUCAGCCCUAGAUGAGGAUCAUUUUCUCUCAUUUCUUAAUAUGAAGUUUUAGUUUCCUCCCAAUAACAGGGGGUUGUGUUGGCACAUUGAUGAUGUUGGAAUUUUAUACAGAGCCUACCCAAAAAAAAAAAUUGUACAUAGAGAGAGAGAGAGAGCUCAACUGAGGGAGUUUCUUGUGGACCGGAAAUCAGGGUUUUCUUUUUCAAUAUUUUUUAUCAUUUCAUUUCAACUUAAAACGAGGAAGAUCAAGAAUAGCAUCCAGGUGCAGUAUCAUCAUAACAAAGAGAGGAGGUAAAACAGACUUGAGACUUAGGAGAGAGGAAGAGAGAGAGAGAGCAAUGGAGCUGGGGAAACAGGGCAUUGCGUCGCCUAGGGUGGUGGUGAUGGUAACAAUGGUGUUGCUGUUAGUGAUGAUAUCGGGAGUGUCUUCCGUCAGAUACAUCGUCGGAAAGGACUUUGGAUGGGCAGUCAAUGUGAACUAUACCACUUGGGCCCAAGACAAACACUUCUACCUCGGCGAUUGGCUCUUUUUCGUCUAUGAUAGGAACACGAUAAGCGUGUUGGAAGUGAACAAGACAGCCUACGAUCAAUGCAUAGAAAGUGAUCUAAUCCACAACUGGACCACUGGACAUGGAAGGGACGUCACUCCCCUCAAUGAGACCAAGCGUUACUAUUUCAUAAGUGGCAAAGGUUUCUGCUUCAGUGGAGUCAAGCUUUCCGUUCUUGUCGAAAACCCACCGCCACCUCCAUCGUCGACUCCUCCGCUGAAACAAACGAGCGGAUCUGCUUCAUCUACGUUGAGUAGUAACAGAGGCCAUUACCACAUUGUUUUACCAGCUGCGUUCGCCAUAGCUGCCCUUUGGGACUCUUUCCUCCGUUUCUGCUAGGUAUAAUAAAACUGAGCCAGUCUUCAUCACUUUUCUAUCGAUUGAGAAUCUGUGUUUGUCCAACCCGCAAUCCAUGGCGGUUCUUGUAGUAAUCCCGGUGUGUUUCGAAUUACAAUGCACUGGCAGUUUUAAAAUUGAGAUUUAGAUUUUCAAAUAGCGUUGUUGCAGUCGUGUGCUUGCUUAGUUGCUGAUGUCCUUAGUUGAGACCUCAACCCUUUACACCUUUCUACCCUCUUGGAGGAAGGAUCUAAGUGCUCAUGCCUCCAUGGGAUGGGUCAGAAACCAUGUGAGCAUCUAUCAAAGUGAUAAUAAAAGUAAAUGGGAGUUGGUUAGUUAGAAGGGAGCGUGGCCCUUACACCAUCGCAUGGCCAAUGGAAGUAAUAAUAGAAGCAUCAACAUGGAUAAAAUUUUCACCUUUUAUAAGGGGGUAGGGUUGUCAU